AUGCCCGUCCCUGGGUUCCCGUCGCUCGGUGUCUCCGCCGCCAGCCUCGUGGCCUGGAAGGACGAGCUGAUGGCGCAAGGACGCCUAUCACCGUCGAUGACGACCAGCGACGUCUGCGAAAGCGUCGUCAAGCCUGCGACAUUUGGCCUCAAUAUGUCGUUUGCCGAGACGAUGGCAGCGCCAGCCAUCGCACCGGCGACGCACUUUGUAUCCCAUGCGUGGAAGUAUGCGUUCGUGGACCUCGUCGCUGCGAUCGAGAUCUUUGCACUCGCUGAAGGCGGCGAGUACCCGUACUUUUGGCUCGACUUGCUCGUCGUCGACCAGCACAACGCGCCGAGCCGGCCGCACACGUGGUGGUCCACGACGUUCGUGUCGGCCAUUGGCGCCAUUGGCAAAGUCGUGCUCGUGUUCUCGCCGCUCUUGGAUCCAAUUCCGCUCUCGCGCGCGUGGUGUCUCUGGGAACUCUACGCGUCGAUCCAGGCCGAGGCGAGCGUUGCGCUGGCCAUGCCCACGGAGCAGUGGACACAGUACCGCGUUCAGUUGCGCGAGAACCGCCAUGCUGUGCUGCAGUCGGUCGAGCACCUCGAUGCGCGUCGCGCCGAGGCCUAUAAUCCGGAUGACAAGGCGGCGAUCUUUGCGGCGAUCGAGGCGAUGCCAACCGGGUUUGACGGGCUCAACGACCGCGUCCGGCAGCUCGUUGCCGGCAUUCUCCUCGUCGGCGCUGCGCGGCACGCGUGCCAAGACGGCGAUCUCCACGGUAUCGCCGACGUGCUGGCGCUCUCGCCCAACGUCGACUUGAUGACGUCGACGUUUACGCCCUUGGGCAUCGCGGCCGAUAUGAACUCGCCACUCGUGGGCGACUUUUUAAUCGGACGCGGCGCCGACGUCAACGCGCCGAUGGUCGGCGGUGACACGCCGCUCCACGUCGCAUGCCGCGCCGGCAACGUGGACAUGGUACGAUUGCUUUUGCUGGCCGAUGCCGACGUGACGCGUUGCAAUGCCGCGGGGCGCACGGCACUGGAAGAAGCCAUCGACGCCACCGCGUCAUCACAUCCUACUGCGAUGGCCGCACUCUAUGACGCGACGUCAUCCUUGGGGCAGGCCAAGCGAUCGCAGCUCCAAGCUGCGGUGGACGUUGCGGCCAAGGCGCUCUCGUCGCUGACGAAAAAUGACGUGACCGAGCUCAAGUCGUUCAACCGACCGCCGCAGGUGUGCGCUGUCGUCAUGCAGUGCGUAGUGUUGAUAUUGGGUCUUGCACCACCGUCAACGCCAACAGGUGACUACUGGGAGAUCGCCAAGCGCAAGCUCUUUUCAAAUCCGCACUUUGUUAAAGAGCUGCUUGGCUUCGAUUUCGUCAACGAGCUCGAAGGCACGGACGCAGAGGUGAUCCCAGAGGUGCUGGCGCUCACAAACGACCCGCUGCUGGACCCGACGACCGCCAAAAAUGUCAGUGUGACGAUGUGGGCGUGCAGUCUCUGGGUGCGCGCCUACCUUGUGGCGCACGAGCUCCGACACGACGUUGACGCUAGCGCCGUGGCGGCCCAUGCAGCAGCCAAUGCGUCCGACGCGGCAUCCGCCGACGACAUGGCCAACGACCAUGUUCGCCGCUGCAAGGAGUGCAUUGAGCUUAAAGGCAAAAUGCCCAAGGACAGGACCGAUGAGAACGAAUCGCGCAAGGCGUCGCUGGCAACCCAGUUUGCGAUCACGCUUGCCAGCGAGGCGUUUGCCCAUGUUGUGGCCGAGAACGGACCGACGGUCGUCAACUGCCGGCGCCUUUUGAUGACGCCGCCCGCCGAGCGUACGCUCGAGGACGUCCACAUUAUCAAGGUGUUUUUUCACCGGUCCAAAAUUGGCAAGUACUGCAGCCACCUCGACCUGCACAAGGAAACCGAGUUUUACAAGGCGCUCGAGCUCAUGACGUUCGAGACGCCCGAGACGCCGAUUUUUCGCCAAGGCGACGUCGGGGACCGGUUUUACGUGAUUUUGUCCGGCCACGUGCAAGUGCGCAAGCUCAGCAAGCACAGCGAUCCGCCCAUCGAACGCGUGCUCUGCGACCUCGAGCCGGGCGAGUGCUUUGGCGACCGCGCGCUUGUCGGCGACGGCGAAGACGCGCACCCGCGCGAAGCGACGGUCGUGACGCUUACACCGAUCGUCGAGCUUGCGUUCAUUGGCAAGGCCGCGUACAGUGCGAUUCUACGCGAGAAGCCCAAGGAGAUGUACAUCGCCAAGCAGAUCUCGCUCGAAGUCGCCAAGCGCUUCCGCUCCAACAAGGACAUUGUCCGCGCCAUCUUUAUGCAGCCCGCGGCCGACCGCACGGAGCGGGACCUCAAGUUUGCCGUCGAGUAUCUCAAAAGCGUCAAGUUUUUCGCGCGCUUUUCGUUUGAAGUGCGCAAGCUCCUCUGCAAGGCGCUCCGACUUGUGUCUGCGUGGACCAAUACGACCGUCUUCCAAGAAGGCCAGCGCGGCCACCACUUUUACAUUCUCUUUAGCGGCGCCGUCGAGGUCCGCGUGGCGACAACCAAUCGGAUCAACGAACAAGUCUCGACGGUCGUCGCGACGCUCAAGGAGGGCGAAACCUUUGGCGAGCUCGCCUUGUCGGAAGAAAAUGGCGUCCGCCGUGCGACGGUGACGAGCGUCGACUACACGGAGCUGCUCACGCUGAGCCGCGACGAUUAUGGGCCGCUCGUUCAAAAGUACCAAAACCAAAGCCACACCGAGUACGUGCGCCUCUUGCAGAGCAACCCGGUCUUCUCCGGGCCCGAGUGGGACGUGGCGACGAUCGAGGCCAUGUGCUCGGUCAUGGUCGAAAAGUACUUUGCGUACCGCGGUGAAAUUUGCAAACAAGGCUCGCGCGCCAACGAAAUGUACGUGGUCGUGCGCGGCGAGUGCGUCGCGAAGCACAAGACUCUCGACCCGUUCACCAAGCAGGACAUUCUCAUUGAAGUCGCUCGGUAUGGCCCCAACACCGUCAUGGGCUGCGCCGAGGCGACGGCCGGCCGCUUUAACGAUAUUUUUACCCGCCAUGCGACCAUUUGUGCCGAGAGCCCCGUCAAGGUGCUCGUGCUCUCGCGCUUUGACAUAUUCCACUUGCUGUCGCCAGAGGCGCGCGCGAGCUUACAGCGCUGCGGCUCGGACGAACAGGUCGGGUCCAUUGACAACCGAGUCAUGAAGACGAUCGUGUGGGAGAAGUACCGAAAAGAGUUUCUUGUCGAGGCGCUCAAGCCGUUGGCGUCGCUCAAACGGCACACGGCGAGCUUGACGCUCGAUCCGCUGCCGAAAACCAUGAGUCUCGAAGGCCGGCCGCUCCUGCCAGUCGGCGAGCUCCAUAUUUACGCCAAGCCGCGGCUCAAAGCGUCCGCAUCCACCGGCAGUCUACCGGCGACGACGCGUCGACUGCACACGAGCAACGGCUCGAGCACGACGCGCGCCAAGCGCGAUAGCGACGUGCACUUGCACGGUACCCGGCGCAUUUCGCUCUUGCCGCCCACGAUGGCCAAGCACCGAGCGUCGACCGUCGAUGUCCUCGCCGUGGACCCUCUCGACGGCACCUGCGUCAACGAUGCACCCGACGACCUCGACGACGACGACGACGACAAGCCGCUCACGCACUUUAACCCGCUUCGCGCAUCGUUGCCAGCGACGCCGCUCCACCACGCGACUCGACAAUUCUUAUGGCAGCCGCUGCACGGCGUGCCGCACCCGUUUGCACUACUAGGGUACGCCCGGCCAACGACCGACGGGCUCGGCGCGAUCGCGUUCCGCGUCUGUGGCAAGUUUAACGCGAUCGAGCCGGCGCUGCAGCUCUUCCACGCGAUUGGCGCCAUCGACGUUGCGCAGCCCCUGGCUGGUCUCGACUGCAACGGGUUUCUCGUCUUCAAGGACGGCGACGUGGCCAUGGUGCUUCGCAGCCAGCACGGCGUCGUGCUCGAGGAUCCAAGUCUGCGCGACACAAAGCGCCGCCUUGUCAGCGAUACGCGGCAAGAAAAGGUGUGGAAAGACGCCUUGUCCGAGAGCCAUGCGGUCGCUUUGCUCAUCAAGCGCGAGAGCGACCCGGUCGUGAGCAGUCAGCGCUACGCGUGCAUCGGAUUGCCUAAUGCGUGGACCACCGACGACGCCCAUGUCCACGUGCACGUCUUCCACACGUUUCCAACGCCGCAGAGCGCGAUUCGACACGCCCGGCACCAAGCCGGUCUGCUCUCUGGGUUUGCCAACAACGCGCUGUACGUGGUACCGCUCUUUGAGUGGAUUCACCGGGACGACCUCGAGCGCUACGAAGUGCGCAAUGCAGAGCUCGAACACGUCUUGGACGCGAAAACCAAUUUUUCAAAAUACAGCGGCUGGCGCGCGCGCAAGGAGGCGAUGCGGAAGCGCCAAGCUCACCACUUUGGCAAAGCCGUGCCUACCCCCACGGACUAAUGCUCGCAACAAACGACUUGAUCGACGACCACGUGCCCUUGGGUUCGCGCGGCGACGAGGCGAGGAACGA